AUGGGGCGCUUGAGCUACCCCUCCCAGCUAGACAGCCCGUCUCGACAACUCGUCUUGGACCUAGCGCGGGACCUUGAACAGCUCCGAGUACACAAUACCGAAUUGAAAAAAGUCAAGGCCUACGAACGCCGGUCCUUUUAUGAGAAUCUUGAUCGGAUCGAUAGCGAGCGCGAAGCCCAGCACAAUGCCGCCCUUGACAAGGCCGCUGCUCUGCAUGACCAGGUGCUAGAGGAGGCAGAGGAGACGCUGCGCGCGCACCAAAGAGCGGUAGAGGAGGAAAACCGUCGGAAAGAAGAAGAAGCCCGGAAAGAAGCGGAGCGCAUAGAGCGAGAAAAAGCAGAAAGGUUACGACGAGAGCAGGAGGAGGCUGCACGACAGGAGAAGCGCAAGCGCCAGGCCGAGGCGCAGAAGGCAGAACAGGAGGCGUCGCAACGCCAGGCAGAGGCCGCGCAAAAGGCACAGACAGAGCGACAGCGACAAGUUGGCGGCAGCCGUCUUAACGAAGCCGAAAUCAAAACCCAAGCACGCUAUGUCGAAUUGCACCAGCAUCUCAAGCAAUUUCGACAAUAUUUGAAAAACGAGGCCAAAACCAAUGACAUCGUCAAGCAGAACAUGGGUGAUUUGCGGCGCACUAUCAAGAAGUGUGUUGGACAGCUACGUGAAGGCACUGGAGCCAACCAAGUCCAGCUUCGACAGAUCCAAGCGACUCUUGCGAAAGCCGCCGCCAUCCCAGAGCCAUCGGUGGACAUUCGUCAGUUUAUCGCCUUUCCGCCCGAGAAUAUCGCUGGUUCGGACGACAACAAAGCGCCUGCCCUCCUGAUCUACGCCUUGAAUAUUUUCUCCAAGUGCCUGAUCUCCUCUCUCAUCACGGAGGCCUCAAUCAACCUGGGCCACGCCGAGCCGGUCGGGAUUGUCGCGGCGCAGAUAUUCUCCAUUGAUGCGUUUAUCUACAAGGGCUGCCACCUGGUUGACAUCCUUUGGGCCAAGUACCGUGUCGUGUGCCCGGCGUUGUGGGGAUUCUAUGGCAGUGAGAAGACCGAAGGCGGCCGGCGAGCGCUGGGCUGGUGGCGCGACGGCGGUUCGGACGGGCCUUAUGUCAGCGAACAGACCCAUGCAGACCGUAUGACAGCCCUGGGCGCCGGCUAUGCGGCCCUGACCCUACGCAAUUUUGGCCGGACCAAGCGUCAAAACCCCUUCCCCAACACCAUGUUUUGGUAUAGCAUGCACAAGAUCCUGUCGAUCCCCGCGGCGGAGAUCCAGGACACCCAUGUCACUCUUCUGUCAGCCAUGCUCAAGUCCUCGGCCGAGCGAAUUGUCGGUUUCUUCGGGCAUGUUGGACUGGCGUUGAUGAGGAAAGCCAUAGUUGAGUUACCGAACAGUCUGCCUCGCCAAAGCAUGAGCGUCAACCAACUCAAGCUCCUCAGGGAUCUGUACAAGCGUGAGAAGAACAUCAUCCUCUGA